AUGGGAACACCGAUGCCAAGUUGUAGCAUUUCGAAUAAUAAUACAUUCUUGCCAUUUUCGGAUCGUUAUCGCUCUUCAUUCAAUAAUCAUCAGCAAUUUUUUUUCCGUGAUUCUCAAAAAUCACCAGCCAAUCCUUCGUUAAAAAAAAACACAUAUCAGCAGGCUCACGGCUACAGAUUUGAAGAUUCGAACGUUAAAAAUAAGCAUAAUAAUCCAAACUAUGCAGACACUUCACGGAAAUCUUAUGAUUCUGUUUCAAAUAAUUUCGCUACCGAUGAUGAAUGGAAUCCGGAUGACUAUGUGAUUCCAUCAAUGACGUCGAAUCCAUGGAAAGAGUUGGAAGAUGAAUAUUAUCGGAAUAUCGAAAAAGUGUAA